AUUCCAAUUACAACCAUUUCAUUACAUUAAUAAUAAUAAUCUUUCAAUAUCUAAGACACCUUCAAUUUGCACGAAUGCCAUGUGACUCCAAGCCCAAGAAGCUUCAUUACCACCACUGCAAAUCCAUUCUUCUUCUUCUUCUUCUAUAUUACCAUCAUUUCACCAGAAACACACACACUGUUUCUUCCAACUCAUUUGGUUAAAUCUCAGUGGAUCGUUACAGCAAGGCCACUCUGCUACUUACAAUAUAUCUGUAUGUGUUGCAUUAUGUGCAUACAACAUUAACAAGUUCCAAGCAAGAUGGGGUGUGCAGUUUCUGUGUACAGAGUAGGAGGUAAUAAGAAGCAGAUGAAGAUCCCUGUGGUAACCGUGUUUGUACCUUCAGUUCGUGUUCCUGUUAACUCUAGUUUUCAAAAGUCGCUUAAGGGCGUUGUUCCUAAGGAGCUUAUUGAUCGUCUCACCUCUUUUCGGAAUCAAAUUGCUCUUCUCACGCAACAAACGGAUGUUUCAGCUGCUCCUGAAGUGCUACGUGCAUUGGAGGAAUACUUAUCGCUCUUAGUUGGUCUCACCGAUCAAGAAUUUGGAUUCCGAGAGCUGACUGAAUUCAAAUGGAAAAGUUUAGACGAUGGACGACAAGACAUAAGUGUUGCUGACUCGUGGUUUGAAUUACUAUCCGUUGUUCAUAUGAUGGCUAUGCUGACAUUAAUGGAGGCAAAUUCAAAACUGAUUCCGGAUCAAACUGUUCCUAGUGAAACAGUUGAAUCUACAGAUGACAUCGGGUCUGCGGUUGACUUAUUGGUGAAGGCAGCUGGGUACCUGCAAUUCUGUCUUCGCGAAAUUCUUGUCCAAAUUCCACCUCAUAUAAAGAUGAAGCUGCCUGUAGAUUUGCAGGAGAAUGUACUCGAGGCUACUUACAUUCAAGCACUAGGACAGGGAACAGAAAUGCAGCUUGCUUCAGCUGUCGAAUGUAAAAACGCCACUUUAUCUGUUAAAAGAAGACUAGCAUGCGAGCAAUUAAGUUAUUUCAGUCAGGCCCACUAUUGCUUGUCAACGUGUGACAACCUUAACGGAUACGGAAAGAAACAUCUUUCGUUUAUCAAAUGGAAGUUUCUUGAAGCAAAGGCUGCAGCAUACUAUUACCAUGGUCUGAUCACCGACAAGGGUACUGAACCAUCCUGCCACAUCACCGCAGUGUGUUGUUUUCUUGCGGCUGAAGAAAUCCUAACAGAGAGCAAGAAGGCAUGUUUAAACUUUUGCUUAACAGCUCCCAUAACAAGGGCUCCCACUGCAUGGGGUGCAAUGAAGCAUUUGAAUAAGAAAAUUCCCGAAACCGCAGCUAAAAAGUCCCAAAUGUACGCCUACCUUUUAGAGGAAGAAAAGAGUCUAGACGUGUUGCCGGAACUGCCUGAGUUUGAGUUGUCAUUAAAAGCGGACGAAUUUCAAAUGCCGGAUAAAGAUGCAGCAUGGGAGAAUGAAAAAUGGAAAAUCCCUAGUCAAACACUUAAAACAGAUGAUGAAGAAGAUGAUAAAUGAAGCUAUGAAAUGGUAUCAUUUCCAUGAGUAUGCAAAUUUCUGUGUAUAGAAGAGGAUGUUGUGUGUAUGAUUCAUAUGGGCUUUAAUGCAAUGGGCCUGCUUUAUCCGGUUUUGGCCCAAUUAACCAAAGUGUACGUCCCUACUUGAAAUAGAAUUUUUGCAAAUUGAAACCAAA